AUGCGUGGAUUUAUGCUUCAACUUUUAGGAAAAGAUGAAGAAUCGCUCAUGGAUUUUAAUAAAUCUUUAAAAAUCGAUCCAGAUAAUGCUAUUGUCAAAUUAGGAAAACAAAUACCAAAGUCAAUCACAAAAUUAAUUAAACAAUCUUUGAGUGGAGGAUCUGAAGGACUGUUCGCGCAAUUAACGACAUUUUCUAAAUUAUCAGAAAAUAAUAUUCAAGGAUGGGAUUUUAAUGAACAGUUUAAUCAAUUCAUGAGCCAAUGGGAUGAAAUGUCUGUGG